AAGUGAUAGAUGACUUUGCGGCAAAUUGUUGAAAACACACUCGGAACAUAUUCGUUUUUUAAACACAGCAACAUCAACUAUGUUGUAUUUCAAGUGUUUUAUAACAGUGAAGUAUGUAACCGAAGACGGAUGUGUUUCGGCAUCGGCUGAAGACGGGGAUCCACGGUGGGGGUGUUUUCUGGAGCAUAACCAUCUGCCAUCUUUGCGGUGUACAUCAGAUAAACACUUGGUUGCUGUUUAGCUGCUGCCUGUUAGCUUGAAAUCUAAAUUAUGUCAUCGGAGUUUGUGGGUUGUAUCAGGUACGCGAACAGGCUAUUACUUAGCUUUUUCUAAAGCUAGCUAGUCUUGCCAACAGUGAUAAGCGUCGUUUUCCCUAACGUUAGUCUAUUAGUCCAGGGGACUUUGAUGUUGUCGUUUUCCUUUCGUUUGUAUCACUGAUAUUACAUAAUGAGGCGGUAAGUUUGUUGAUGUAGCUUAAUAAACAUACGCCAUACUUAACGCCUGUUACAAACAUUUGGGAGGCAGUAAUUGUAUUUUACAAUGGGAGUCAGCAGAAUUUACAUUAGCAUAGCAUAUGCUACCUUUGGCACCAUGGUUGGACUUUCGGCUUUCCUCGUCUGGAAUAUAGCAUACAAACAGCCAUGGACGGCGGCCAUGGGAGGCCUGUCAGGAGUUUUGGCGCUCUGGUGUCUUGUCACACACAUCAUGUACCUGCAGGAUUUCUGGCGCACCUGGCUCAAAGGCCUCAAGUUCUUCAUCGCUGUUGGUGUGCUCUUCUCAGUUUUUGCAGUGACCGCUUUCAUUACCUUCCUAACUUUCGCCAUCACACAGAAGCAAGCUCCUACUGACCCGAGGAGCCUCUAUCUCUCCUGUGUGUGGAGCUUCCUGACUCUGAAAUGGUCCUUUCUCCUGGCCUUAUACUCCUACAGAUAUCGCCAGGAGUUUGCAGACAUCAGCAUCCUCAGCGAUUUCUAGUCAGUACUGAUUUUAUAGUCUGCAAUGGACUUUGAGGAGUUUUAAGCUGCCAGCAGGAGCUGGUCAAAGAGCUUUUGUAACAAAGAGGAGGAAAAGCAGUCCAGGCUAGAUUUAAAAAAAGUCAUGUGACUCUUAACUAUAUGGAGUUGCACUUGCUUAAGCUCUGUAUUUGUAUUGUUACCUGUUCUCCUACUUGUAAUGACCCAGAUACUAUAUUCCUGUAAUUAGCCAUAAGUCUAAACCUCUGAAGACUGGAACUGAUUGUGAAUUGAUUGCUUGAGGCUGUUUAUCGAGAUUGUUUAAUCUUAAAACAGCAGCUAACACAUACAAGGAAUUCCCCACCAUAACAGGCUUUAAAUCAAAUACGUUGUUAAAGUGAAAGUGAAAAUACUCCCAAAAGUCGAAAUCCUCAAACCAAAACUAAAACCUCCUACCUGAAGCCACUCUGCUAAUUGGUUGACGGUGUUUGUUAGAGUGCUUGAAUGUUUGUACCCAAAUGAGCUUUUUCAGAGUUGCAGUCUUAAACCACAGAAUACUCUCGUCACUAUUGUCUAUACAAAGUCAGUCUCUUAGCUCCCUUUCAUCCGUCAAUGAAGCAGUUUGGGAAACCAUUUUUUUUUUAAAAUCCAUUCACCAAUAUGAAUAUUUGAAUUCUCAUUCAAAGCUUUCUAGAUAUGGUAGUUAAUGUACUUACUUUCUCCCUUCAUACCCCGCUUUUCUAUUAGUAGAAUUGAAGAAAGGGCAUUCCUGUGGAAUUUGUGCUUUUCAUGUUUAUUUCCACCAGGGGGAGACUUGCAUUUUUCAGUCAAGAGUCCACUGGAAAAUUAUGACAUUCCUUUUAAGAGAAAACGCAAAUGAAUUUGAAAAAUGAUUGCACUUUAAUCUUUCAUAUUGAUGCUAGUGUUUUACACUCAAAUCCUAAUACAAUGGAAUAAUCAUGUUUUACACAUGGCCGUCUCUGUCUCACGCUUUUUUAAAUGUUGAAAGACACUAUAUGUAUCAUUUAUUUUACUGUUAGUAUGAUUUGUGUAAGUCAAGUUAAACUAGGCUGUGUAAGUGGUUAAGUCCCAGCUGUUGCUCAUGUCUGCUUGCUACCACAAAAACAUGUUUAAAUGUAUUUUUGUUGUUGAGAGAUUAUGAAUGUGAGGAUGCUACAUGUAAAUAGAAACUGAACCCAUUAAAGUUGCAUUCAUUGGUAAUU